ACAAGUGAGGAGGUGCUGCACGCAAAACCCGUCGGUAGUUUAUAGCGUCAUAGACAAAAAGAGUAUUGGGAAGACGGGACACCACAAGUAUAGCUCUCAUCCUGUAACUACGCAGACGCUGGUGAUGGCGGUGGUGGUGUCAGCAGGUGCCACCUCGACCAGCCAUGUGAGCAUCAGCCUCGGUAACGGAGGCAGCAUCCAGUAUGGCAGCGACCACGGCUCAUCACACCAUUCCUCAUCCUACGAUGCACAAACACCAGCCCGGUCUUAUGGCCCAGCUCCGCCCUACCAUCCUGCUGUACCCGCCUGUGCUGCUCUCACUAACUCUUUCUUGUGCCUCGAAGACGAGGAAUACCCUGAGUACGAGGUCAAGAACGCCAUCGAAAACCACUUGGACAAGUUCAAUUCUCUUUACGCUGACGUGGCGGAGCUUGACACCAAGGUCUCCGUAGAGCGUCCCAAUACCUUAUACGAGGAGACUUACCUCUGUCCCUCAGAGACCUCUUACAUCCGCCCACUUCGUGCUCAGAACACCGACGGCAAUUGGCGCGUCAUCGUCAAUGGCAUCAGUGUCCAUUACAAGACUUACACACAGACCGCCCGCAUCGAGGAGUGUCUCACCGCUGGCAAAGACUGUCCUCUGGUGCCUCAGUGUUACGAGUCCAAGUGCCUACAGAAGUCCAUCUACCACCGCUUCCUCGUCUACGUCCCCUAUGAUCAGUACUUCCCCUUCGCCAUCGAGACCUUCAAGCUGCCCGCCAGCUGCGCCUGUCUCCUGGGCGCCUACACCAUUUACCACUAAACGUCUUAUUCCACGAAUAACUAGUAUUUAAUACUGAAUCUAAACAUUGAAUGUGAAAUUAACGCUGUGUCCCACACCUCAUGACUAUGUCCUUUUGUAACUCCUAUAUUAGGUGAUAUCCAGUCCCUGUGGGACUAGAUAUCAUGUGGUGGUUCGUGAAGAAAGCAGUUCUCUAGUCCUCCAACGUAUCUGCAUCAUUCGCUGUUGUGCAUUAUACUCAAUAAACAUGGA